GAAAGAAAAGCGCGACCUAACUGAGGAGGGUUUUUUCUUUGUUAAGCUAAAACUAGGGAUUGGAGCAAGGAGGAGGAGUACGGCGAUAUGUGGCGUGGCGGUCUGAGUGGUGGAAAUGGAGUGGCAACUGUAUUUCUCAGGCAUUUCUCGCGGAAAAGGGCACCAAAUCUUAGGAAGAUCAACCCGAAGGUACCACCCCAAGAAGCUGCUACUAUUGCCGAAUCUCUUUACAAUCUUAUCCAGCAGCACGGUCCCCUCACCCACCCCAAUACUUGGAACCGAGCCAAGGAGGCUAACAUUAGUGGAUUAAACAGCAAAACACACAUGAAGCUAAUGCUCAAAUGGAUGAGGGGUCGAAAUAUGCUCAAGCAGUUCUGCCACCAUGUUGGUUCUAGCAAGAAAUUCAUGCUUUCUGCCGUACCUGAAGAAACACAGAUCAACCAGGCAAACAACUCACUGGAAGUCAAGAUUAUGAUGGUAAAGCCUCCAGUCAAAGGUAAAAGACUCCCAUAACUACGUUUUCCCUGCAAUAUUGGGAGAAAG